AUGACGCUGCUUCGGUCAAUUUACUGGCCCGCAUUCAUUUGCCUUGUCCUUUUAGACUGCAAGCCACGUUGCCCGGCCAUCAUCUGCUUCACGUCCGAAACCACAACCAAGCUCAACUGCAGCCCGUUCCGAGCCACCUCAACCUCCCGCCUGGCUACCCCCGCUGCCCAGUGCUGCCCCGACCGUGGCGUGGAGGCUUGGCUGAAGCCGCUCCUGCCUAAACAUGCGACCACCCACCCAUUUCCGCACCUCGACGCCUUUGUCGACGGUGCCAUCCGACACAAUGCCGGCGUGCGGGCCUCUGCCACAUCGAUCAAAGAGAUUAUUAAUGCAGCGCCCGUGGAUUUGCCUCAUAUGGACUGGACCGCUUUCCGAGACACAGCGACCAAGGCGCUCUCUGCGCUUGAUCAAGUGUUCAAAGUGCCCGAAGCUCUAUCUGCUCGCACGAGCCAGCUGGAUUUGAAAACUACCACCCUCGCAACAGAGCUCAAAGCAAUGCACGACCUGGUCUCUCAACCCAACUUGGCACCGGUGCUUCACGCACUUUGUGCAGCAGUGACGCAAUUCCCCCGCCUGUCAGCCUCCAGUCCUCCUGCCCCGAAAAACCCUCCUGUCAAUCUCCCAGCGGCCAUUGACAAGCUGGUCCGCCUUCAAAACGUGGGCCCAGCGCGCUCACGUCUGUUGACCGCCAGCAACAAGCAGAUUGAGGUCCUCAUACAAGCGUUUGUCGAUGCUCUGGAUGCCGUGGCGCAAGCGGGCAUCAAGGACACGAGCAGUCGCGUGCAAAGGUUGCAGCAACAGGUCAAGCGCCAGCCAGUCGAUCGGGUAUCUACACCUCAAAGCUUGCCCAGCGACUGGAAGAAACUUUGCCACGCCCACACAAAGCUCAGUCAAUUUGACCAGAAUGGGCUUGACGCGGUCGCCCAGUGGCAAGCCUCGCCCGACGUGAAGCAUCAUGCCUGGUAUCUAGCAUUUGUACAUCACGAGGCUGAAUCUCUGGUGCAACAGCUGCAAGACAUGAUCGACUGGCAAGCUCAGACGCUGUCCGUGUUGACCCAGUGCAAGGAGCUUGCAGCUCGUCUGUCCCAAAGCGUUGAUGACCCGGCCGCUUCCGCACAUGAGGAGCUAGCGCAGCUGAAUGAGCGCAUCCGUCGAACUAUGACAGCUCUGAACUACUUACCAGACGACAUGCGCUCAGGCCCUGAACAACAACUGCGGGAGAUGAAGGCGAAGCAAGCCACCUUACAACGUCAGCUGCAAGGACAGUCGCACGUAGAUCACAUGGUCAGGCUAGCGCAGCUGCUGCACCAGCACUUUCCAGCUCUGCUGGUCUUUUUGCACCCUGAGCAGAGCACGCUGGGAGCGCGGCUCCGCACAGUGCUUGGCCCCGACCUUCCAGCCAGCCUCAUCCUGGAGGCCUUAACUGAAGUGGACCGCACGUUGUCGCUGUCCAGCCUGGGCCAGCUUGAUCUUCAUUACAACCAAAAUCACAAGGUGUACAAGGCCCGCGCCGCGCUAUUAAAUUCUGGGGAACAAGAUUUGGCCGUCAAGGAGUACGCUUUUGCCCUGCAACACAAACAAGAUCAGUGCCGGACAUUCCUCCGUGAACUCCGCGCCAUGCGUCGGCUCGAGCACCCACACAUCAUCCCGGUCCUCGGCGCGCUCGUGGACGUGCACAGUGGCCACCCUAGCGCCUACCUGGUACAGCCAUGGUGUGCACAAGGGGAUUUGCAGCAGUGGCUUAGCAAGGCACGCCACCUGGCCACCUCGACUGUGAUUGCUGGACUCAUGACUCAGCUGCGCACGGCCCUGGCGUUUAUGCACAGCAAGGGCUUGGUACACCGAGAUGUCAAGCUGAGCAAUGUGAUGUUGGACGGCUUGGAGGAUCAGCCCGUUGUGCGGCUGGGCGACUUUGACAUUGCCAAGGCUGUCGCUGAAGCCACCAUGUUGCCUUGUACGGCCACCAAGGCGUCAGGCACGGAGGGCUACGUGGCACCCGAGGUGCUAUUUGGCCGUGGUCGUGUGGGGGCACGUCCAGCACAGGAUGCCUUUAUCUUUGGGUGUGUUCUCUACAAUACCUACAUGUACCCACAGACAGUGCCACCUGCUCAAACACGGAGCGAUGAGGUGGUGGAUCAAUGUAGCUGGAGCAUACGAGCGGGAGAUGGUAUUUGCAGCUUCCCGCACCUAGCGGCUGAAAUGUGCGAUUCGACGAGCGAAUUGCACAAGGAAACGCGGGCCUUGCUUGCAACAGAUCCGAAGCAACGGCCAAGCCUUUUCACUGCUGGCCAGUUGGCGGCACGACCUGUCGCUGGCCCAAUUGGACCGGCCAUUGAUGUUUUGCGCGACGCGCCCGAGCUGAUUCCCGAGGUGGCUGAACUGCUGCAGCAGCUGAGCACAGACGGGCGAGGGCCAGCACAUCUGAGAGUGCAACGGGUCAAGCGCGUAGAAAAUCCAGUGUUGUGGGAGCGUUACAGCGCAAAGCGACAGGAAAUGUUGCACCGCAUCACAAACCAGAAGCACUAUGAUGAGCUUCAAACGGCCAAGGUGGAUGCCCUCUCGGGCCUUCCAGCCUUGCUGCGAGACAGAUCCUGUCAAGAGCGCCUGUUGCUGCACGGCAUCCGCCCCGAUAGAUCACUGCGCGACAAAAUUGUGCGCCUGGGCCUAGACUAUCGCUUUGCCGGUAGCGGCGCCGGCCAUCGCUUUGGUCUUGGUGUCUAUCAGACCGACCACCCCGGCAAGAGUCAUCAGUAUGCCAAGCCGCCUAAUGCCAAUAAUGAGCGGAUGCUGAUUAUCACGCGGGCAUUGUUGGGCCACGCCUUUGUCCAUCAUUCACCCGACUCCAAGGCGUUGGCCCCGCCUCUCUUGCCCCAUGCGCCUAACAAUGAGCGAUACGACUCGGUGAUCGCGACGCCGGCUGGAGAAUUUCACGAGGUGGUCAUGUUCGACAACGAUCAAGUCUACCCUGAGCUGGUCGUCUACUACACGGCAGCUUAG